CCCCCCUCCCCUCUCUGCCUUUUUCUAAAGGUCUCUCUCUCUCUCGCUCAGCACGUUUUGGUGGGAAAGAAAAGGAGGAAGGACCCGAUUGCAAAAGGAGGAGAGCAGGAAAGAAAGAAGAGAAAGGAAAGAAAGGGCGAGAGAAAGAAGGUGAUUCUCCCGGCAGCCGCGGGAGGGAGAAAGAAAAGAGAGAAAGAGAAAGAAAGAGUGGCAAAAGCUGAAAGGAGGAGGAGAAGAAGUAACACAUCCGGCCAUACCGGAGCCGGAGAGGGGGCGGGAGGCGAGACUUUUGCAGGGAGAAAGAAGGGAAGAGGACAAAAUGGGAGAGGGAGGAGGAGGAGGCGAGGGCGCCGUUCGCCCUCCAACAGAUGGGAGCGAGAAGAAGUAAUCCCUUCGCCCAAACUGGGAGGGGGAAAAAGAGAAAGGAGAGACGCGCGUGGAGAGGAGAGAAGGAAGGAAGAAGGAGACAAUGAUGGAGAAGGCGCUUUGAAGUCCUCGAGGAGCCUCCGCUCUGCUUCCACCUCCUGCCCUCUUUCUGCUUUUCUUACCCAACUCUCAUUCAAUCUUUUCUUUCCCCACGACCUCCUUUCCCCGGGUCGCUUUGCGCACCAGGAUUGCGCACCAGCCAGCCAGGACCGCGCGUUUCCCUUCCUUCCACCUGAUCCCUGCUUUCUCCUUUUGGUCCCCUCUUUCGCCUCCCCUCCUUUUCCUCUUCGUCGCCUACUUUCUGCCUCCCAGCCAGCUGUAAUUUUUUCUUUUUUCGACUGGCCUCCUUUUCUUCCCCCUCACCUAGUUUCCAUCCAGCAACUUGGUUUCUGACUUGGCCGGAUAAAUUGCUAUCUUGCAAGGAAGCAAGCAGGCCGGACCCUUCUAUUAUUGGCUUGAGUGGGAGCCAGGAUCCCAGCCGAAGGGGAAAAGGCCAAAAAAAACCCUAAAUUUUGUGGGUGUGGGUAUCUGCUUUUCCUUGGAAGAGAGUUCCCCCCAAAUUAAGCCUGCAGCAAAAUUAAGCCUGCCUCAGCAUAAAAUAGAUGUGUGUAGGAAGGAGCUAAUAAUAUUCCCCCCCCCCCAAAAAAAAGAAAGGAAAAAAGAUGGACUUGCGACAUUUCAAGAGAACUGGUCUCCCUCCAAAAUGCAGAGCAUCUGGAAAGCAAACCGCCAGUCUCUCAUUUUAAACCCACAGAAGAGGGAAAACACAACUUGGGAGUCUUGAGAGAGAAAAUUACUACUUCAGGUUAAUAUGGAAAGCUGAAGUCUGGUUUAUCCAAGCUGACUGUUUGGACUUUGCUUGUGGCAAAUGACAGAGAGGAGUAUGGUUGGUUUGGAUCAGCUGCUUUUUCAUCUGGAUUGCGCAGUCUUUUUUCUGGAUGCUGAAGAUUAAUUCAACUUCUAAAGUCCACCUGUGUCCACUUGGAUUGGGGUUGCAGCACACAUGUAUACAUUUUCUGGAUGUUGGACCCCGUCAUUCGUCGAACACUGAUUCUGGAUUUGGGCUGGAUUGAAUAUUUGCGCUAGCGAGUUAUUUUUCUAGAUUUUGGCAGCCCUCCCAAUUACUUUCGUUGUUGUUGUUGUUGUUGGAAAAAACGCUGCUUUUUCUGGAUUAUAAAGGGUGCGGAAACAACAUCAUGUGGGAUUCCUCAAAGUUUACAAAUGAUUUUGGGGGGUUUUCUGAAGAGCAUCAAGUUUCCCAUGCUUUGAAAAAGCUAAAAUUAUGGUGUGUCAUCUCCCCCAUCACCAAAUCUUACAUCUCCUCUGUAGUCUGAGGGAGAAAACAUGGGUCUUUCUUAGGCAAUGAGCUUACACUAAUGUGCAUCACUAUUUUUGAAGUUUGAUUUUUGUCAGUAUUAGCAUUUUCAAGCUUCACGUCUCCUGGAGAUUUGGAGAUUUCUGCAAAGCAGGCUGGAUUUGUACACAGACUUAUUAUUAUUAUUAUUAUUAUUAUUAUUUGGGAGAAAAAUUGGAUCAAACCUCAGGAUUUAAAAAAGAAUUUAGUGUCCUGGGUCUUGGGGAAAGUUUGCAAAACACCAUGGAAAUUUCAAGACAUGGUAAAUACUGCCUGCACUCUCAGGAAAAAACUGACCUGCUGGGUGUGUGUGUGUGUGCUUUUUUAAUCUAUUUCGGAGAAGUAGGAAAGUUUGUUAGCAUCUGUGGAUCUACAGACUUUCUGCUGGCAAGGCUUUUGGCUUGAAAGGAAUAGCUCAGGAAGGCUUUCUGGAUUUCAUGACGAUGCAAAAAUCCGUGGUCGUUCUUCCGAGCGUGCCAGUUUUUUUUAAAAACAAGGACCUUUGGAGAGAAGUAUUGCAAAUGCCUCUGUUUUGGGUUGCAAUUCCACUCUGCGGUUGCAACACAAGCCCAUGUUCCAACUUGUUACUCUUUCGCCUUGUCUGCUUCAUCAAUCCAUGCAGCCUGAGCGGCCUGGAAGCAGCCAGGCCUACUCAGAUGGUUUUUCUGGGAAGCUUUUGCUGACCAAGAGAUUUGGGAAGGCUUACAAAAACUUCUGGGGUGUGGGGGAAAGAGCAUUGCAAAUUGAAAGUGGCUGGACUUCUGAGAAACCAGACUCCUAGCAAUCAAAGGACAGGGAGUGUUUGAGUUCGGUUGGAAAUUACCUUUUUCCCUCCCGCUUUGCAUUGACAAAUUUGCCAACUUUUUUGUUUGUUGAGAAACUCUUUGUUUUGAAUCUGCUCUGGCUUCUUCCAUCCCCAAAGCACUGGAUAUUUUUUUUUCAAGGAUAUAAGAAACCAGUGUUGAAUUUCUCAGGAAUCUCCUCUUUGUUUCGGAACAACCAAGUGUGUGGACAAAAUAAUGCACCUAGAGGCGGGGAUAUUGUUUUCGGAAGCCGGAGGAACAGAGGUGUAAUCUUCGUUCACAAUCUCCUGGGUCUGCGGUUGUCCCUUUCCCACUUCUCAGUCUUCGACACCCUGCCUUUUGCAAAGCAACAUGUCUGCCCAGCUCUGCCGUGCCCUGUACGACAACGCAGCCGAGUGCCCGGACGAGCUCUCCUUCCGCAAGGGCGACUUGAUGGUCCUGCUGCAGCCCGAAGCCCCGGGCCUGGAGGGCUGGCACCUGUGCUCCUUGCAUGGGCAGCAGGGGAUUGUGCCAGCCAACCGGGUCAGAGUCCUCCCCGAGCCAGGGUCCCCAGGGCCCACCGCUCGCCGGAACCACGUCCCAGCAGACGUCUACCAGGUGCCCAGGAAGGAGGCGGCAGCGGCGGUCGGGACUGCCUACGAAGGGCCCCAGGAUGAGCGGAGGAGGAGGGGGCUCAGGAAGGAGGAGCAGGAGGUUUAUGAGGUGCCACCGCCCGCCAGACCCUGCCCUCUGCCCCCCGAGGGGAUCUAUAGGGUGCCUCGGAGCACCAGAAGAGACGGGGACCCCGCAGAGGUUUACGACGUCCCCUCCUCCCUGAUCCGAGACUCUCUGUCCGACACCUACGACUCGCCUUCCCCUUGCCCGAAGAAAGUGGCCCGCGUCGCCCCUCAGCCCUCCGCCCCUCCGCCCUCCAACGACCCCUAUGACGUGCCCCUCACCUUCAAGAAGCCCGCCGGUUUGGAAGAGGAAGGGGAGGCGGAUGACGGGGGCUCGGAGAUGCCCCUCGUCUACGCCACCCCGUCAAACCUGCGGCGCGCCUCGGCCUUGCUGAACUUGUACGAGUCGCCCGAGGAAGUGUUGGCGGGAGGCGGAGAGGAGGAAGAGGAUGGGGGCAUCUACGACGUCCCUCUGCUGGCGCCCGGCUCCCCGCCUCUUGAAGGGGCGCUCCAGGGACUGAGCUUGCGGGAUCCGGGGCCCCCUUCGAGACCCCGCUUGCCCUCGGCCGAAAGCCUGUCGCGGCGCCCCCUGCCUGCCCUUCCCAGUGAGGAGCGGCUUUCCGUCGAGCCCCCGCCCCCGUCCCCGAGCAUUGUGCGGAAAGGGAGCAUCCAGGACCGACCUCUGCCCCCGCCCCCACCCCGGCUGGGGGGUCUUGGGGCAGGAGAGCACCUGGAGCAAGUCGCAGAUGACGGGCACAACGAAUACGAGGGAAUCCGUCUGGCGGAGGAAUACGACUACGUUCACCUUAAGGGAGCAGAUAAAACGCAGCCCAAAGCUACAACUUCUGAAGGAAGCCUAGGACUCGCCCUUUCUGGAGACACGACCCAGGCUGAGGAAAUGGCUCCGCCUUCGCCCGAGGACAGCCAGCUUCUGCAGUUCUACACGGGGCAGUGCCAGACACAUUACACCACCCUGCUCUCAGCCAUCGAGGCGCUCCUGGCCAGCGCCAGUGCCCACCAGCCACCGUGGGUCUUCGUGCCCCAUGGGAAGUUUGUCAUCGUCACGGCGCACAAACUGGUCUUCGUGGGGGACACCGUGUCCCGCCUGGCAUCCUCGGCAACGGUUCGGGCCAGGGUAGGGGCGGCAAGCGGCACCCUCUGCCAGGCCCUGAAGGACGCCGUGCUCUCGGUCAAGGGGGCCGCCCUGCACUACCCCUCUCCGCCCGCCGCCCGGGAGAUGCGCGAGUGCGUGGCAGAGCUCUCCCGGCAAGCCUUGGCCUUCACUUCCUUGCUUGGCACCCUGGCGCCAUCUUGAAUCCUGCGUCGUGUGUCAGUGCCGAUUCACCGCCAGCAAACUCCUGCCCUGAAGCUGUGAGACACUACGACCCCCUCCUGUGGCAAUAACUGCAAUGCUGCUUGGUGGUUUUCUGGGACUGAGGAGGCCCGAACCUGCCCCAUGGAUAACUCUGGCCCUUGCCUAAGGACAAAUGUUUCCCUUAAGUUCCAGCAGCCAUCUUGUCAGGGCCUCUUAACCCCCCAUGGCGUUCAGGGUCUGCAGCCAGAAGCAACGUUUAGUGACCUUUGACCCUUGGGUGCUCAGUUUCGACCCACAGAGGAGACGGCCUUGCUCGACUUCAUGACAAGAAAUGGUCCUUGUCAGUGCCAGACCUUUGCCUCUUUGGUUUUACUCCCUAGCCCUUGCACCUGCGAGCAGCCAUCUUGGACAGUUUCCUAACCAAAGAACGUUCCAGACCUUCAGCCUCUGACCCGACACUGCGCAUCGUGACACCCAUUUCCCCGCUCCGGUUAGGUUUUGCUAAUUCUGACAUAGGUUCCACCCUGAAAACAUCAAAGGUUUCUCAGACGCCCCUCGAUAAAGAUGGCGGCGUGAGGUCGUAAGACCAAAGACACAUCUCCUCGCUGGCUCUUCGUAGACUUGACAACAGUUCUUAAGAGUGAAAAAAAAACCCAAACCUGAAUGGGAAAGGAGCUGAAGGGAAACAGAAUUGAUGGGAAAUGACCCUUGUCAUCCUGAAACAAAAGAUUAUGGAGCAACGGCUAGAGAAAGAGCGGGGAUUGGGAGAAUGGCCAAUAUUGCUGCAGCAGAGAGGUUUAUGGGAAAUUGCCAACGGGGCAAAAGAAGACAAAAUGCAGAGAGGCAGCCAAAUGUGAAAAGAAGCAAAUUCAUCUGGGGCAGAAGGGAGGAAGCCGAGGGUGAAUAGGAAACGAUAAAAAAAUGGACAACGGGGGCGGGUCAGUAUGGACACUGUUAUGAUGCACAGUGUGAACUAGCAACACAAAUAACUGGGCAGGGGGUUAUUGAGCCACUGCUAGGUCAGCGGAAUAAUGCCAGCACCUGGAAGGGGUCAGUAUCCUUAAUAAUGAAAGUCCUUCAGCUUGAUCUACGGAUUCAUUCCUCAGGAUUGUUGUCUUCCUCUGAAAAAAAAAAACCCUUUAGAUAUUGGACAACUGCCAGACAAUUCUGCAGUUUACAGCACGCACACACACACACAUAUACAGGCUCCCUGCGACGACCCUCAUCUCACUUCCUCACCAGGAAACAAACGGGGUCAAGAAUAUCUCUCUCAGGAAAUAUUUGCCAAGUUAUUUUCUAGGUUUGAUGACAAUAAAAAUGGGUGAAAAAACAAACACCCAUGCUGUGUUGCUUCCUUCCACAUCCUGAUUGGUUUUCCCCUCCUCUCCCCGCCCCGCAAAUCUCCCCCCGACAACUCUGGCGUGCUUUGAUUCCAUUUCUGAUUAUUGAUACGCUGCUGUUCAGGAAAUACAACUUUACAGAUUUAAAACAUGAGCAACAAAAAAAUGAUAAAGCAUCCGUUAAAAGCAGACACACCCACACACAAGAAACAACACGGCAAAACAGCCAUAAACUAGGGGGAGGCAGCAAUCCGUUUUCAAAGGCAAACUGGGAAUGAAUGUAAGAGUUUUACAAGAAAAGGCUCUGAGAGAUCUAGACGCGGUCUAAUAAAGUUGACCACCUGGCAGAAUGGGAGAAUGACGUGUGGGUCCAAGGUCAUUAAAUGCCAGAAUGAAUUUCCAAGCUGCAAAAUUAAAAACUGGGUGAUAGGUAACUAAGUUUAAUUCAGGGUAUACCCACUGAAAUAUGACUUAAAUAUGGUCCAUUCGUUUUGACAGGGCUGCUCUGAGUAAAGUUUAGUGGAGUACCUCCCUGUAAAAUUUUGAAAAACCAAAAUUAUAUUUCUAGAUCUGCCUCCUGCAAUUCCCGUUCUUGACGCCCUUUUCCCAGGUCCUUGCUUUAGUCAUGGGGUCUAGAAGACUUGUGGCUAUAAACAGUUAAGAAGCGAAGGAACGUGAGACACUGGGGGCAAAGGUGGCCUAUAUCGCAUCACCUUCCAGGGGGGAAAACACUGAUCUUGUUUAUUAGCCUAGAAUGAUGGGUGAGGUGCAGUGGCGAGAAUUUGCCCAAGGCCAGCGAGAGGCGAAAACUGCACUGCAAAAUUAAGCAAGAGAAUCUCUCCGCCCUUUCAAUGGAGUCUUGAAUUCACAUGAUUUUCAGUGUCGCCAGGUACAUUUUAAUUAAUGAUUUCAUUUAUGUCCGUUUUUCCGAGGAACUUGAAGCAGUGCCCACGCCUUGUGAGGUAGAUUAGGCUAAGAAAAGGGCUCAGUUAUUGAGCAUCUGCUUCGCCUGCCUUGGGUUCAAUCCCUGGUGUCUCCAGUUAGGUUUGGGAUCCACCCACACACACACCCGUCAGUGUGGACAAUUCUGAGUUAAGACAGACCCGCGGUGCUCUUGACUCCGGUAUAAGGCACCUUGCUGAGAGAUCGCCCUGGGAGCCUUUGUGGCCAGCCAUUUGAACCUAGAUCUAGCUCAGCACUCUAUAACCACUGUGCCACACUGCCAAGCAUUUCAAGGAGAGCCCUUUGACCCAAAGACCUGCGCCGGGUUGGCCAGCGAAACCUGAGCUGAACUAGACCCCAGAAUGAGAUUCUGGAGAAAGACGGGUUGCGAAUAAUCCGGAUUCGCUGAUGUGCCAAAAGGUGC